UUUGGAGUGGCUGAAGGUAUAUAAGGGGGAGAUCAGGGGCCCGGAGACCACUGCAGUUCACAGCUCGAGUCUUCUGAAACUACCUUCAGCACCAAAAGACAAAAGAGCUAAAGAUGGCAUUCGGCCUGAAGGAAGCUGACAUCGCUGCAGCACUGGAGGCAUGCAAGGCUGCUGACUCCUUCAACCACAAGGCUUUCUUCGCCAAGGUCGGCAUGUCAGCCAAGUCCGCCGAUGAUGUCAAGAAGGCUUUUGAAAUCAUCGACCAGGACAAGAGUGGCUUCAUUGAGGAGGAGGAACUCAAACUGUUCCUGCAGAACUUCAAGGCUGGUGCCAGGGCACUGACUGACGGAGAGACCAAGAUUUUCCUAAAGGCUGGAGACGCUGACGGUGACGGCAAGAUCGGGAUUGAUGAGUUCGCUGCCUUGGUUAAGGCAUAAAAUUGCCUCUGACCAACAACACCUUUAGCUCUGAAGGAACAACUUUGCCCAAGACCUCCCAUUUUCAUCCUACUAUAAAUAAUUUUUAUACUCAUGAUGCUUAUGAGAAGUUUCCUCCCAUGCAGCACACUGUCAAAACGAUGACCGUUGAAUGUAGCGGUUGUGUCUCCUGUCUUAAAUAUGAAUUUUGCUUACUGUAAAAUCUGAUGCACUUUUACGGGAACGGACGACAAGAAAAGAAUAAAUAUUCUUUUACAAUAUA